AUGGCUUCAGAAACAAUUUCCCCAAAAGAUUACAAGAAUCUUUUAGAUGAGGCAGCAUUGACUGUUAAGGGGCUCUUGAAAGAAUACCCAGAAUUGAGCCAACCUCGAGUUAUGAUUAUAUGUGGAUCUGGCUUAGGCGGAAUUGCAGAAAUAUUACAUUCAGAUCGUAAAGUGGAAGUAACCUAUGACAAAAUCCCAGGAUUUAGAACAUCAACUGUACCAGGGCAUGCAGGUAAGCUCAUUUUUGGUUUAAUUGGAUCUAAUAAAGUUCCAGUAAUGUGCAUGGUUGGGCGCUUGCAUUUUUAUGAAGGUUAUUCUUUUCAAGAAACAACGUUUCCUGUUCGUUUGGCAAAGCAAUUAGACGUCGAGACUCUUAUUGUAACUAAUGCUGCAGGCGGGAUUAGAACUGGAUUCAAGCCUGGUGACUUGAUGAUUAUUAACGAUCAUAUCAACUUCCCUGGUUUGGCUGGUUUUCACCCAUUAAGAGGACCCAACUUAGAGGAGUUUGGACCAAGAUUUCAACCUUUAUCCGACGCUUAUGAUUUUGAAUUAAGGAAGUUAUUCUUUACUAAGGCUAAGAAAGAAUUGGGAAUAUCUCGUAAUAUUUUUGAGGGUACUUAUUUGUUUGCUGCUGGUCCAACCUUCGAGACUAGAGCCGAAGUUAGGAUGAUUAGAAGCUUAGGUGGUGAUGCUGUAGGUAUGUCUACAGUUCCAGAAGUUAUUAUCGCUCGUCAUUCUGGCUUGAGAGUUUUGGCAUUGUCUUUAAUUACUAAUUCUGGCCUUGGCGAAGAGCCACCUAGUGCGUUCGACGAAAACCCAAAGAAGUUGGACGAAGGAAUGGCUAGUCAUGAUGAAGUUUUAGAGUCUGCUAAUGAAGCUUCGAAAGACGUUCAAAAGAUUUUUGAAGCUACUAUUAAUGAUUUGUAG